AUGAGGCGUUGGUUCGUCUCAGCGCUCCUGCUUUUGCAGGUUAUCGCCUUUACAUCCGCCGCCGAACAACAAGUAUUAGAGGAUGAUACUACGACCGCAAAUCUUCAACAAGCCGCCGAUACCGAUGUAGUUCAAGGCGAGCAACAUGCUUGGACCCCCUACCAAAGCGGAUGGGAGCUUGUCCAUGAGGCGAUGACCGAAUUUCGAAAGAUUAAAACACCUUAUUUACACAGAAAAACAAAAAAGCCAACCAGCGUUUUUGGGAUAAUAUUCCAUUAUUUACCAAAGAUCUUACCGAGCCUACGAGUUAGCGCUCCUCCCCAAGAACAUGCGCCACCAGUUAUCACCGGUCCCCUCCUCGAAGGUGUCAAGCUUCUACAGCAAUCGGCCGAUCAGAAUAACACAGAUGCGAUUUACCUACUAGCGCAGUUCAACUUCUUCGGAAAUUAUUCCCACCCGAGAAAUUUCAAGACCGCGUUCGAUCACUACUACCGACUGGCUUCGUAUGGGAACAGUUCCGCGCAGUAUAUGGUGGGGUUGAUAUAUGCGACAGGACUGGGGGAUGCGGUAGAUCGGGAUCAAUCGAAGGCUCUUCUAUACCAUACAUUUGCCGCCGAUGCGGGGCAUACGAGGUCGGAAAUGACCCUCGCGGCCCGUCAUGUUAGCGGUGUUGGUGUACCUAAGAGUUGCGAGAUGGCUUGCAAGUAUUACAAGAGGGUGGCGGACAAGGCCAUGGUUUGGUUCCGAUCAGGACCACCUGGUGGAAUGGCCCUCACACCGGAAGCGCAUCGGCUAUCUGACGAUGUAGGUGGUGUGUAUGGCGAGGGGGCCAGCGUUGUAAGUUCCGGCAUCAACGCUCUGAAGGCUGACCCCAGUUCUCACGCCUACGCCGCCAUCGACGACGUCAUUGAAUACCUUGAUUUAAUGUCCCAGAAGGGCGAUUUUAAGGCCUCGUUCAAUUUAGGGAGACUUUAUUAUGAAGGGCAGCGGGGUCUCGAAAGAAACGUCGAUCUAGCUCGACGAUACUUUGCCGCUGUAACAACGAUGUAUUGGCGCACCAAAGAUGGCCGUCCCGUUGACCAACCCAAGCCUCAAUUGGAGAAAUAUGCCAGUAAGUCUGCCGGCUACAUCGGUCGGAUGUGGUUGCGUGGAGAGGGAGUCAGACAAGAUUUUAAGCUGGCCAGGGGAUGGUUCGAGCGCGGAAUUAAACAUGGCGAUGCCCAGUCCCAAUGGGGCUUGGGUAUUAUGAAUCUUCACGGCCUUGGUAUCCCUAAGAAUGUUUCUAAGGCCACGGAGCUUUUUAAGGCUUCAGCAGACCAGGACUUUAGCCUUUCUCACGUGGCCCUGGGGGCUCUCCACCUCGACCAGGGCACUCCUGACGACCUGAAAAUUGCCAACUCUUACUUCGAAGCGGCUGCUCGGUGGGCCAAUAUUGAGGCGCAGUACUAUCUAGCCGAGAUGAUGCAUCACGGGGUUGGGAGAGACAAAACGUGUGGCAUGGCUAUGGUAUAUUAUAAGAGCGUCGCCGAGAGGGCAGAGCCUCUAGUAUCAUCUUGGGCGGAAGCUAACCAGGCUUACGAAGAAGGUGACUACGAGCUUGCCUUCCUCGAUUAUCUUAUUGCUGCGGAGCAAGGAUACGAAAAGGCGCAGAACAAUGUCGCUUUUAUGCUAGACCCGUCCCAGUCACGACUACCCCUACCACCAUGGCUACACCGCCAGCCGGCAAAGCCUAACCUGCUUCAGAAUUCUGCUCUGGCUCUGAUCUACUGGACCAGAUCGGCUAUACAAUCCAACAUCGAUUCACUUGUUAAAAUGGGCGAUUAUUAUCUAGAUGGUAUCGGUACUGAAACAGCAUUUGACAAAGCCGCUCAGUGCUAUGGUGGUGCAUCGGAGUACUUCCAAAGCGCGCAAGCCCUCUACAACCUUGGCUGGAUGCACGAGAACGGAGUUGGUUUAACGCAGGACUUUCACCUUGCUAAGAGAUACUACGACCAAGCCCUCGAGGCUAAUGAAGAAGCCUACCUGCCGGUGACCUUAAGCCUCCUUAAACUCCGAGCGCGCAGUGCUUGGAAUACGUUCACCCAUGGCCGGAUCAACUCAAUACAAGACGAACCUUCGCCCAGAAAGGACUGGUCUCUCAGCGAGUGGAUCGCCAACUUCCUCCAGGAAGAUAUUUACUACGAGGAGGGGUACGAAGCCUUCGACGAGGGCAUGAUCACAGGCAGCGAUGGGGAACCCCUGAAUGACGGCCUCGAGGACGUAGACGCUGUGGUCGAAAGUUUGAUCAUUCUUGGACUGGUCGGCGCUAUAAUCAUCCUCAUGUACUACCGCGCGCGCAGACAGCAGGCGCACGCCGAGGCUGAGGCCGAGGCUGCAAGACAAGGUCAGCAAGGAGGAGGUGGUGUACAACAGCAGCAACAGGCGCAGGGACAGCAAGGAGGUGGUUUGUUUGCGCAGCCGGACGCCCCAGAUUUCGGACAGUGGGCUGCGGGGGCUGUAGGUCAAUAG